AUGGGUGUAGUCACUCUUCUAGCACUCAGAAACGUCCCUCCUGAUGUGUUCCGAUCUGUCGCAGUUGUCGGUGGCAGAAACCCCGAAAUAGGAUUCGAUGCGAUUUUCUCUGCUGAGACUUUCGUUUCAGCUCUCGUCGUUGGUUUCAUUGCAGCUCCCUUUCUCGUCUCCCCUGCACCUUUUAUAAGGGACAUGUUGUUUUAUCUGACGGCGACGUUGGGGAUGGAUAAUGGUGGGAAAUUGAAGUGUUGUGGUUGUGAAGUUCAGAAUGAAACAGGAAUUGUCACUCGUCCUCUUGUUCUACUUCUUUAUAAGAUUGAAGAAGGAAAAGAAUAUGCAGAGUUUGCUCAGAUUCCACGAAAGUGGUUCACUGAUUUUGCUUCUUUGAGGAAGGAGUUUGCUGAUGAAACUAACAGAGUGACAGGUCAUACCAAACAUAUUUCAUCUGUUCCUAUGUAUCUCAGUAUCUAUUCUCCAAAUGGUAAUACAUUUCAUCUACAUAAAGAUAACAAGCCUGCUGAUUUAUUUGAUAUAACAUCGGAUUUAUCAUUGAUUAUUGCUUCAGGCCCUUACACCACGACUGACAACUUAUUCUUUGAGCCACUAUCUGAUCUUCUUGCAUAUGCACAAAGAAAGCAGCCUAAGUUGCCUAUACUGUUACUUCAAUUAAGCCCAGAUGAAAUCUUGAUAAAAUCAACUGAGGUAAUUGGUCAACGAAUAAAGAAGGUAGAUAGGGAUACUAACACCAGUGCUACCAUUAUUGCUUUGGCUAGUGGUUUAUCUGAAUCAAAUGUUCCUUGA